CGAGCGCAGGAGGAGCAGAAGCAGCAGCAGCAGCACGCGGAAAGGGAUAUGAGCUGAGCGUGUGCGCGCGCACACACACAUUCCUCCGUCACACCACACACACAGCACCGUCGCAGCACACACACACACUCACACUCACACAGAGCUCUCUAUGCCUUACGGCAUUUGAGGAACAGCGUCUUGCCUUAAAGAGGACAUAGAGAGAGAGAGAGAGAGAGAGAGAGAGAGAGAGAGAGAGAGAGAGAUAGAGAGAGAGAGAGAGGAGGAGUGCUGCUGAUGCGCACGGGGUUCAUGGAUCGGAUACAGACACGCACAGCAUCAGCAUCAGCUCUGGAGAGGAAUAUGUGCGUUUGACAGAUCAGGAGGGUGAACACAUCAACCCAUCUUCAGCGUACAGGAGCUGAUCUUUACCUUCCGGCUGGACUACAUGCUUCUGUAACUUUUUGUCUAAUGGAACAGAUACCUGUGCGCAGACUGGGGAUCUGCACAGACUCCAGUUCUCCAUUUCCAUUUUUGCAUCAUGUAGUUCUGAACAACGUCUUUUAACUUUGUGUGUAAAGAUUUCAGCCAUAGAAAACACACACAGCCUCUCAGAGCAUCCUUCAACUUUUCCACCGCAGCCUCUGACCGUCCCAUUGAUCUUCUUGCAUCUUCUUCUUAAAGGAUUUGUUUGCGUCCUCUUUGUCCUUUUUUGCUCUCUGGUCUGGAGUGAUGGGCGCUGAGUAAGAGAGAGAGAGUGAGAGAGAAAGAGAGAGAGAGAGAGUGGACAUGCAGCCUGUCCGGGUCGCGUGGGCGCUCGCGGCAGCAGCUGCUGCCCUUUCGCUCCUGGCUUUGUUUCAGGCACAUUUUCUACGAGAAGGUCAGCUGGCAGCCGGUACAUGCGAAAUCAUCACCCUCGACCGGGACAGCACUCAGCCGAAGAGGACCAUCGCCCGGCAGACGGCCAGGUGUGCCUGCAGGAAGGGCCAGAUUGCCGGCACAACCAGAGCCAGUCCGGCAUGUGUAGACGCUCAUAUCGUGAGGAGCAGGCAGUGGUGUGAGAUGAUGCCCUGUUUGGAUGAUGAGGGCUGUGACUUAUUAGUAAACAGAUCAGGAUGGAGAUGUGCACAGCCUGGAGGAAGAGUGAAAACGACUACGGUAUCCUGACGUCUGCUGGAGUCGACACUUCAGAGAGAGGCUACUGCAGAAGCACCUCUCCAUCUUCAACGGCCACAGAUAACAUCACUAUCUGAUAGCGUGUCCCUCCAUCUGUUCAUAUGAUGGAUGGAAGAGACUGAAGAUCUGCUCCUGGUGCUUCUGUUGGUGACAGUUGUAUCUCCGAACAGCAUGGAUGAUGGGAGAUGCGUGGAAACGGGUUUCAUGUGGGACAAUUCCAGAAAUAAAGACAGGGACGCUGCUGGACGGGGCAGGAAUGUGGAUUUACUGACAAGUGAGAAGAAGAAGAGACAGCAAAUUAGAAGGACCGUUGAAGUUUCCAGAACAUGGUCUUCUUCAUUAUUGUGUGAUAUUUUUUACAGACCAAAGAAAAACUGAAAGGACAGUUUAUAUCUGUGUGGAAAGAGUUUGGGACAUAAGCUGUUAAUAUCAAAUAUAAAUGCACAAUAAAUGAGGCAAACACACCAGUAUACAAACAUAUAUACACAUGCAAACCCACCUACAUCUGAUUGUGGAGCACUGAAGGCAAUAAGAGUGCUCUUAAAAGCCUGGAAUUCUCUGUGUGGUUAAGUUGGUAAUUUUGCUGUAUUUUGAACAUUAAACAGACAUUUAUAGAAGGCAUAGAGCGCCUGAUUGAUGACAGGCAAAACUCUGACUAAAGACCAAUAAAUGUAUUUUCAAAAGUGCACAAUGUGUUGAUUUUUUUUAUUCUGUGUUUCUAUAGAGAAGGGUAUUUCAG